AUGAAUGCUAACGGUGAGAUUGCGUUCAGUGGAAUGCAACUCAGCCAACAAGGCUUCAGUGGUACUCAAGUGCGCCAAGGAUUCGAUGCAACUCAAGCUCAAACUCCGCAGGUUGUGAAGACUGGCUAUGAUGAUACGUCAAAUGUCUUUCACGAUGCUAUCAAGGGAAAGGAUGAGAAUGACAAUGAUGUCUAUCUUAUUCCAUGUCCUGCUGGAACGACUAACGUUGAACUUCAAUCCGACUGGCACUAUGCUAGUAAAAGUGAAGACUUGCCAGAUCGUGCUACUGAAGCAGAUCAAGGUAUGCAGUUUAUUCAAAGCCGCAGAAUCGAAAGAGAUCCGUUUGGUUUGCUUGAUCAUGUCAUCAUGGACAGUGGUUGCACCAACACCACCAUUUGUAAUGGUGAACUCAUGCAUGGACUACGUCAAGCUGAGAAAGAGCUCGAUAUGCACACUACUAACGUGGGCAACAGAGUUCUCGAUGAAGAAGGGUUUCUAGGAAGAUUUCCGCCUCCAGUCUAUUAUGAUGAAGACGGAAUUGCCAAUGUACUUGCUAUGCGCGAGAUGAUCGCUGCGGGAUACUGCAUUACCAUGGAUACUGAUUUUGACAAUGCCUUUGUUGUGCAUUGCGAUGGAGACAGACAGAUGCGAUUUGUGAAUCGUAAGGGUGUAUUUGUGUUGGAGCAACUUGGAGCGGAUGUCAAACCAGGUGCCAAAGAGACAAGUGCAAUGUAUUGUCACCAGUUAAGCAGCGUAAAUAAACAACCCCAUUUCGAACUUUCUUCAAAACAGAAUGGAUAUGCUGGACUCGGGAUGACUGCGAAGAUGGCAACAGUUCGAAAGAACAAGGAAGGAUUCACUCCAAGACAAGUCAAGGCUGCGAUGGAAGCAAGAAGUGCGAUGCACAUACUCAAUGCUCCAAGCACCAAAAGUCUGAAGUACGCGAUCCGAUCUGGUCUCAUCAAGGACUGUCCUAUCACUGAAGAAGCGAUCAACCAUGCCAAAGCAAUCUUUGGACCUGACGCAUCUACAUUGACCUGA